UGACGUCACAGUGUGUUGCAGAGGGGCGCACGCGAGGAAGACAACAGAAAGUAAAUGAGCCGAGCACAGGCCCCACACGGUAAAUCGGACUUAUCUGCGUUAAACUAACAUCAGGCUACGUGACAAUGGCACCGCUUCACAUAAUUACACGGAACUGUAAUGUCUGGAGGAGAUAUUAUGUGGGAUUCGUUGCUUCUGUGAAGGUAUGAUGCCAUUCAGGCACAUCCACAGGCAAAUCAAACAGUAUGGGGCUCACUAGCAAGGGGCCACAGAGCCACAGAAUGGUUAUCUGUGCAGCUGUCCUUGUCCUGAUGACACUCCUCAUCCUUUAUGGCUCCAAUAAUACCAAUGAUGCUGGUUAUUCUCCUUUCCGUGUGUCAUCACAUCAAGCACUCAAGACCACUGAUUUGAAGAAAUGGUCUUCCAGAGAGGGUUAUGUCCCCAUUUAUGGAAAUAAGACCAUGAACUUGCAUUGCCAUAAUUGUGCACUGGUGACAAGCUCAAGUCAUGUUUUGGGAACAAAAGCAGGACACGAGAUUGACGGGACUGAAUGUGUGAUCCGCAUGAAUGAUGCUCCCACGUACAGAUAUGACGAUGAUGUCGGCAACAGGACCACUCUGAGGGUGGUGGCUCACUCCAGCGUCUUCAGGGUGGUCCGUAGACCUAAUGAGUUUUUGCAUCGUGCAGACAGCAACCCCAUGAUCAUCUUCUGGGGACCACCAAACAAAAUCGGGAAAGAUUCAAAAGGAGCAUUAUAUAGACUGAUCCAGAGAGUGAGCAUGACAUAUACAAACCUUUCUUGCUUUAGUAUUACACCAAGUAAGAUGCGCAAAUUUGAUAGUCUUUUUCUGCGAGAAACAGGUCGGGAUAGACAAAGAUCUCACUCAUGGUUGAGCACUGGCUGGUUUACUAUGGUCAUAGGUAUUGAAAUAUGUGACAAUAUCAAAGUUUAUGGAAUGGUUUCACCCAAUCACUGUGGAAAGAAGCCUGUAUCCAAAAAGAUGCCCUAUCAUUACUACAAACCUCGUGGACCUGAUGAAUGUGUAACUUAUGUGCAGAAUGAAAGUGGCAAAAGAGGCAACCACCAUCGCUUUAUUACUGAAAAACAGGUAUUUGCACGCUGGGCAAGGCAGUACAACAUCAGCUUCAUUCAUCCAAGCUGGUAAGAAGAACACGGAACGUUUAUGGAAUAUGGGGAACUUUCUAGAUUUUUUGUUGACUUAACCUUUUAAAACCUGCACAAUCAAUACACAUCUUUUUUCGAUUCAUAAAUUUGAGAAUUUUGUUUCACAUUUUGCUUUGUUCCUCACAUGAUUUGUGAGUCAGAGGUUUUAUUGUAAAUACAAAGCACUUUAAAUGGAUUUUUAUGAAUGUUUAUAGUAUUUUGUUAAAUGCACGUAAUGUAUGUCAUUCAAGUGUACAUUUAGUACAUUUGGGGACGUGGCAGAGAAAUGACCCUCAUGAAACCGACUGAGAUUCAGACACAUUUAUUGUCCAUUUCGGUGCCACUUUAUUGUGUGUAACAUUUCAUGAAAUCAUCUUAGCUUCAAAGUAGAACUUAUUCAGUACAUUGACAAAAUUAUAUACUUUUACUGUAUAUAUAAGCAAUAAGGAGUCUGCACAGUAAAUGUAUGUAUACAAUUUUAUGCCCAAUGCAUGCAUUCAAAAUAACCAGACAAAGCAUUCAAAAUUAGACUUAAUUACUAAUGCAUGAUUCUUUGCACAUUUUAAUACAAAUGUCAAAACAGUCUUAGAAUGUAGACUGUUAAAAAUUUGAAUAAAUAGCAAACACUGGGUACAAAAUAGGACAGACAUUUAAAAAACAUGUCGCAUAAGUGGAAUGCUUUUCCAAGUUGUCAUGUUACUUAAACACAUUUUAAAUCCAUUUUACAAAACAGUACAUUUAAAUUAUGAAAAUGAGGGGCAUGGAAACUACUGGUAAUCUUUAAAAUGUUCAAAAUGCCUUGCUAGCCCAGAUUUUUUUUUUCCUUCUGGGUUUUUAU